ACGCACUCUCUAAGCAUCUGCUCCGUUCAUUCGGUGAGGGGGGAACCGCUGUGAGCCUCCGCUCGCGCUUUUGUUCAGUGUCUCUCCUCGCGACCGGCGAAGCGCGCGCCGUUUCGAGCUCCUCUCUGGACUCGGGCUGAGGAGAAAUACCGUGCUUUUUGACCGAUUUUUUUAAUGAAGUGAGGAGUUAAUUUCAACACGUUUCUGAGGCUGAACAGAUUUGAAUGGUUGACCUCGGCGGGUGUUAUCAUCUACUCCGCUGAAUCUGAGGCGACGCGGCAUUCCUGUGGACUUUCUGAGGCGACGACGCGCUUUACCUCGGAGAAGGAUGCUGGGGGAGCUCCGCUUGACUGUGCUCCAGUCUCUCCUGGCUGUGUGUCUGCUCUUUACCCUGGAACAUGGCACGGUGAGCUGUGACACUGUGGUGAACAUGCGUAAGGUGACUCACCAGCGGGUUCAGGAGCCUCUGUCAGGUACGGCCCUCCUGCCGUGUGUUUUCACCCUGCACCCCAGUCUUUCGCACGAACCCCCUCGCAUCAAGUGGACCAAACUGUGGGGUCAACGUGGCCUGGACGGCCUACAGAAGCAGCAGUCGAUUCUAGUGGCUAAAGACAAUAUAAUCAAGGUGAAGAAAGCCUUUCAGGGCCGCGUGACCUUGCCGGGAUACCCGGAGAACCGCUACAACGCCAGCCUGGUGCUGACAGGCCUGCGAUCCAGCGACUCGGGGAUGUACCGCUGUGAGGUCGUGGUCGGCAUUAACGACGAACAAGAUACAGUGCCCCUUCAGGUCACGGGAGUGGUCUUUCACUACCGCGCGCCUCACGACCGCUACGCGCUGUCCUUCACUGAUGCCAAAAGAGUUUGUCUGGAGAACUCUGCUAAUAUUGCCUCUCCGGCCCAGCUGCAGGCCACUUUUGAUGACGGCUACGACAACUGCGAUGCCGGAUGGCUGUCGGACCAGACUGUGAGGUAUCCCAUCCAAGCGCCUCGGCCCGGCUGCUUUGGCGACAGGGAGGACUCACCCGGCGUGAGGAACUACGGCAGCCGAGACCCCGAUGAGAUGUUCGACGUGUACUGCUUUGCCGGCGGCCUUCAAGGUGAAGUGUUUCACACCAGCGUGCCGGAGAAGCUGAGCCUGGCAUCUGCUUCCACUCUCUGCCUCACUCUGGGAGCUCAGCUGGCCACGGUCGGGCAGCUCUACCUGGCCUGGCAGGGUGGCCUGGACCGCUGCGACCCCGGCUGGCUGGCUGACGGCAGCGUACGUUACCCCAUCAACCUGCCCCGGCGUAACUGUGGAGGAGAUGAACCAGGAGUACGGACCGUUUACCACAACCCCAACCGCACCGGGUUCCCAAACACUAGUGACCUCUUUGACGCCUACUGCUAUCAAGAGAAGAAUUUCGAAGAGCAGGCGGCGAUACGCCACAAAACCCUAGAAAGCUUCAAUUUGAACUCUUCAAGCGACGAAGAGGUGCAGCUCCAAAGAAACGGAGCCUUCCCUGAACCUUCGACUUGGACCGGUCUGGUCGAUCUCGAGAAAGAAGAUUUCAGGUCCAUCAUAAACAACGAAUCUUCAGAAAUCUCAGAGGAGCAUGUUGUGAUCCACCUUGGACCUGAAGAAAGGUCUGUUGAAUGGGAAGAUGCUUCGGAGAAUCAGGAGAACCUUCAAGGGGGUUCGGCGAAAGAGGAGACGGAUGAGUCAGAUGGUCCCGGUGUGUCUCCUGACCCAUCUUCAACCGCGCCAUCUUCCUCUACGCAAGCUCAGACCAGCAACAGCGUCAUUUCAAACUUUGUGAACACAAUCAUGAAGCCAUUUCGGUACUGGACUGGGACUGGAGAACCUGAGAUACCGGCCACAGAGUCCAGCCUCUACAGAGGAACCUCAGAAAUGGUCCCACCUGCCAGGACGAAGCCAAGUAGAGGGAAAACAAACAAAGCUGGUGCUGAUAAUGCAAUCGCGGAGCCUGAUAUCAAGGAAAAUUCAAACAACCCCUCCUCGUCGGAUCCAGAAGAAGAGCUCUUGGAACAGGAGAAAGAAGUGGUCUUGGUGGCUGCGCAGCAGGAGAUAAAGAGUCCAAGCAAUUCUUAUAUGGAUCAUCCAUAUUCACAGACCUUCACAGACAGCUUCACUGGACCAACUAAAGGAGCGAUUGGUUCAGGAAUGGCGGAUCCAACUCUUUCCUCGGCAUCUAAGAGCUUUGGUUCCAUGAGGAGCAGCCAACAAAUAUGGCCGCUAAAAUCCUUGAAAGUUGCCCCAGGCAACAAUAGGCAUUUCAUAACUCAAACAAGCAGUCCUAUGGAAGCCAAAAGAGCCAGUUUGGAGAUCAUGACCAUUCCUGUUUCCAGGAAUAACCCUGAGAACUUCUCUGGGGAGGGAAAAGACUUGAACGAGGACGGUUACCCUAUUCCCAAAGGUCCUCCGUCACCGUUAUCUCCAGAGGAAGAAAAAGAUGGCGAGGGAAGUGGAGGGAAGGAGUUGCCGUUCACCCUUGACAGCCAAAUGAAUGGAUCCGAUGACCACGGAGUCCCACUGGAGACCACUGUCAGAUGGCGGCUUAUGAGUCUCCAGACAACUCAACCUACUAUUGAACCCAAGCAUGAGAAACCAGCCGACACGGUGGAGGAAGCCAAGGGGGAAAUCAUGUACGUCCAUCGCCCCAUUGAAAAACACAAGAACUUUCCCUCGAGUAAAGUCAACGUGCCUGUUGUUAAACGAAAGCAAGACCUAGGGUUGACUAUUGCACCAGAAACACACACUUUCAACUCGCCUACCACGCCAAGCCCUGGAGUUCCCAACGAGGACAAGCAAUCAAUUCAACCACCAACGGUAGGAAUCACUCCUUCCCAACCUGGAAAAGAAACCACUACCGAAGACAUUUUGUGCACUCCAGAUCCAGCCGUUUCCAGCACGUGGUUACCUGUGCUUCAAGAGGAGUUAGAUACUCCACAACCACCGGCUCCUACCAUAAUAAUGACGCAAGCUGGACCUACAGUUGCGCCAACUAGUCCAGGUCCAAAGGACACUUCCCAGCAGGCUGAGUCCAGGUCAGGAGGGUCGGAGUCAUUUGUUUUGGCUCAGGGCUGGAUAACAUCUGAACCGGUUCCAACGGAGGAACCGUCAUCGCAGACCACAGGAAGGCCAGAGAAGGACACAACCGUGGCUAGGAGUGAAAACAGCCCAUCCAUAACUUCAGCAGAAGAUGAUCCCUGCCAGACCAACCCGUGCCUGCAUGGUGGAAGCUGUUUGACCGAGGGGGAGGGUUACAGUUGCCUUUGCCCUCAGGGCUAUUCGGGAGAGAGCUGCGAGAUCGAUAUUGAUGAUUGUCAGUCCAAUCCAUGUCAGAAUGGAGGCACCUGCAUUGAUGAGGUCAACUCUUUCGUAUGCCUGUGUCUGCCCAGCUAUGGUGGAGCAACCUGUGAGAAAGAUACUGAGGGUUGCGAGCACAACUGGAGGAAGUUUCACGGCCACUGCUACAGGUACUUCACCCGCAGACACACGUGGGAAGACGCGGAGAAAGACUGCAGAGAGCACAGCGGUCACCUGGCCAGCAUCCACUCCACACAAGAGCAGGACUUCAUUAAUGGACUGUGCCAUGAAAACACAUGGAUUGGUCUGAAUGACAGGAUGGUGGAAGACGACUUUCAGUGGACUGAUAACAUGGAUCUGCAAUAUGAGAACUGGAGGGAGAACCAGCCGGAUAAUUUCUUUGCGGGCGGAGAGGACUGCGUGGUGAUGAUCGCCCAUGAGAACGGCAAAUGGAACGAUGUGCCCUGCAACUACAACCUGCCCUACAUCUGCAAAAAAGGCACAGUACUAUGUGGAGCUCCGCCCACCGUGGACAACGCUUUCCUGAUUGGUCGGAAGCGUUCGCAUUACGACAUACACUCUGUGGUGCGUUACCAGUGCGGUGACGGUUUCUUCCAGCGCCACAUUCCCACCAUCAAGUGUCGCGCCAACGGCAAAUGGGACCGGCCCAAGAUCAUCUGUACGAAGUCAAGGAGAUCUCACCGCUACAGACGCCACCACCACAAGUCCCACCACGAGCGCAGAAAGCACAAGAGGCACGGUUCAGGAGGUCAUCGAGGUCAACAAGAGGGUCACGGCCAUUUCUAACCAAAUAACCCCCUCCUUUCCGCCAGCCUUUCACCUAAACCUCCUUAUCUUUGAUAUCCGACGGCCUUCACUUUGCCCCCUUCUAGUCUGGCUCAGUCUACCCCCAUUAUGAUCAGAGGGGCACUGCUGGACCUCACAAGGACUAUAACAAUUUCACUUUUCUGUCUCUUUAAUCCGUUAAUGUACAUCUCAUUUUAGUGAAUCCAACAUGAGAAAAGUUAUUUCGUACCUUAAAUGUAGAAAACACUCUAGGUAACUGUUUAUGUAUUUUUACAUAAGCAUUAAUUGAGCGGGUGGGUUGGUACUACAUGUAAAUAUUGUAUUUCAUUUCAAAAUGCGGGAUCACUUCGAAACGGCCAGGAAAUGCUUGGGAUGGGUUAGCUUAUGCAGUAUUUCUUGACCGUUUUGACGUUGGUUUGCUCUUUGUAAGACAUUAACCUAAUUUAUACAGUAUUUCUCAGUAUUGGUGUGUUUUGAGUUGAGAGGAGUGGUGCUCAUCUGGAUUUUACGUGAAAAUUAAAUCGCGCUCAUGUCAUUCCAAACCUGUAUGAUUAUGUUUCUCCCGUCGAACACAAAAAGACACUGGUAGUGACUGGUAACAGGAAUUUUCAAAUGAAUCUGUAUUUGACGUCUGCUGAAGCCGUACGAUAGAUUUGUGCGUAAAACAGUCCGAAGUUCAAUCAAAAGUCAGUACUCUAUUGUAACUUUAAUAGAAAUGUUGAACGAGAGUUCAGAUCCACAUCGGUAGAGUUUUCUGCAAAUAAUCAUUUCAAUUUAGCAUUUUCCUCACACAAAUUUAUCGGAUACUCGUCGGUAUUGGUGUGUUUUGAGUUGCGUGGAGUGGUGCUCAUCUGGAUUUUCAUUGUAGAAACUGCACAAUUCACACAAAACUAAAACUAACCCUUAUGAUUUUAUUUCUUACGUUGAGCAAAAAAAGGAGAUGAGUGACUGGCUAUAAGUGAGCAAUAUCAGCAACGAGUGUGAUAUUGCAUUUAUGCAACAAUUUGACGGACAAUUGUGUAAAUGAAUAAUAAACAACAAAAGUGUCUUUAAAAACUCUCUUUUGUGCAAAAUUACUUCUGCCAAUUCGACAACUCAACAGCUGAGCCCAAGCGUCCAUUUCUAAUUCGAAAACAUAGAACAUGUACAUUCUUGCCUCAAAAACUCUUAAAACUACAUUGCGCGACACAAAUACAGUAACAUUUAUAAAAUGAUAUUUGAUUUGGGCUACCGCCAUGAUAUUCACUUUGAGAAGCGGUUGGAGUUCUGAUAUCGCUUGGAUACCGCACUCCUUCCAGCCAAUCAGAUUUGAGGACCAGAAAGAACUGUUGUAUAAACGACAAUAAAGCGACAUGAAAGUACGAAUUUAACGUCUUCUGAAACCGUAUGAUAGAUUUGUGUGAGAAGCAGACCGAAGUUAUUCAUAAUCAAGAAGUUGUUAUCCUAUUGUAGCUUUCGCAGGAAAUGUGACGUUUGAUCUCAUUGAUGUCAAACUGUUGACAAACGAGACUUUUUUUUUUCUCAUACAAACUAAUCAAAAAUCUUCAGAAGAAGAUUAUAGCACACAUAUGGGCAUGCAAACCACUUUUAUGAAACUUUAAUGGUGCUCCACUGGAAAAGAGCAGCUUGGACGCUCUGCAAAGUAUCUUCUUUUGUGCAUCCAGACAAAAGAGCAUAAUACAGGUUUGAGUUGACAUUAGGUUAAAUAACUGAUGACAGACUUAAUUGUUAGGGUCAAACUAUUCCUUUAAGUCCUUAAACAGCGUUUAAAUAGUUGUUACGCAGAUAUAUUUCAAGCCUCGAGUUAAGGAUUUCAAUCUUUCACAGUUAUUGACUUUGAACGACUUGACAAGAAUUAGAUGAAAUGUGCCACUGUAAAAUCCCCUCUACUUUUGAUCCCUCCAUCUGUUAUUGAUGGUCUGUGUCAUGAUCUCCCACUUUCUCACCCACAGAGGAGAAAUUGUCCUGUCAGAGCCUGUCGGCGAGAAAAGAGCAAGAAUUAGAAAGCUGGAAAGAGAAGUUCGACUUGCUGGACUUAAUUGCAGUCGACUGCAUAAACGCCACAUCAAACUGAGCCGGUGACAAGGUACUUUUAACAGCCUUGGGGGUCGCAGGUAUGCCUGGAAUUAGCUUCUCGAACUAGCACACUUAAGGAAGAAAUAUAACAGGGAUGGAUUCCCAUGGGUGGGAUGUGGACGAAAACAAAGAAUCCAGAUGGUGCGAUAUCACAUUCGAGUUAGAUGAUAAAAGUGCUCAUGGGUACACUUCAGAGGCAGGGAUACCUCCAGUACUGAAGAUCAGGAGGUUAAAAAAGGAAAGGCUUAUGCAGAAGAAGGCCAGUUGAGAGGCAGCAUUUGGCCUUCUGUUCUCCUCAGAGCGAAAGAUGUGGUCUGGACACACUGAGGUUUCCAAAGGCACACUUUUUUUUUUAUCCCUACCAGGUGUGUGUCCUGUUUCCCAAAGAGUACUGCGACAGCUGACUCAGAAAUGAGGACCGCUCCUUAUUCUCUGCCCUCUCAACUAUCCUCCUUACCUUAAAAAAGGGCAGACUCUUUCUUUUUUACUGCGCGUUUCUCUAAUGCCGGGGUUUUUGUGCUUAUCUCGUGCUAUUCCUUUCUCAGUGUCCCAGUGAGAUUGCAAACGUAGCCCAGUUUUCUGCCAACUUCGUCUCAACGUCAGCGUUCCCCCUUCUUUCCUUCUCUACCUUUAUCCACUUUUUUAAAUAGACUUUUUUUUUCAUUCAAGGAUGAAAAGCCAGUACUCUUAAUAUCUGAACAAUUCAUCUUUUUGUUCCAAGAAACUUAAUUAAUGUUGAGGUUAUUAGUACCCAUUUUGAUAAAGAAGCAAUUGACCUUCAAGAAAAAGAUUAUUUAAAUUUUUUAAAAUAAAAAGCUCUUUUUGAACGUUUUGAAGUUUAGUCGAAAAGGGAGGAGCAUGCAUUUGUAGUAAAUUUCAGAAAAACAUAAAUUCUGCUUUUUUAUUAUUAUUAUUAUUAUUUAUGUAUAUGUGUGUUGAUCAUUUUUGUUGAGAAUUAAAAAAAAUUGAUAUAUUGUUCUCAUCAUAGUAAUUUCAAAGAAGUUAAUUUUCUUGAAAAUAACGUCACAAUUCAAAACUAAAUCCACAUCCUUAAAGUAAAAUAACUUGUUUUUCUUUUUCCGAUUUUCGGGUGAAUAAUGACCUGUUCUGAGCAGGUUUUGUCCUAUUCCUUCUAAUGCCCAUGCAUGAUUAGCAUGGAACAGGAGGUGCACCAGUCUUAUGCAAUUUGUCUGUCAAAAUUGGAGUCUCAUUCUGAUACCCAGGAUCCUAAUAAUCCAUAUUAGCCGCUAAUGUACCUCUAUAUCACACUAAUAGCUCUUUACAGCCCUCAGCUGAGGCUAGCGAAGGAAGGCAGAUGGCUAACAAUGUGGCAACAUAAUUAUGAGCCUUGAUUAUAAAAAUGAAUCUCUAAACAAAGAAUGUUCACAGCUGUCUUUUGGCAGGCAUUCUGAAGAACUAUAAGAGGCAGCUGCAGGAUUUUCUUGUGGCAAGUUGUCUUACUAAUUGCCACAGAGCAAUUGGUGUCCCAGAGGUGGUUACGCUAGCUGCGCCACCCUUUUGUAGUUACAUUUCUGGAACAUACUCUUAUUUAGGCUUGUUUGCAUGACUCAUUCAGCCAGAUUAGUUGAGAUUCUCGCAAGAAGAAUAUGCAAAAUACUCUCGCAAUAGCCUCCAACGGUUUGUUUGCUUUCCGCUGCUGCAGCCGAGAAUGGCGUUUCUUUCCCAUUUUGAUAAAAUGGUCAUGUUUUAUCGAGACGUUAACCUUGUUCUUUUCGUAUUAACAUGAUUGUUGGAGGUAAAGAGGAAGCUACGGAGGUGAGACGGGAGCACAAUGUCCUCUGUUUAAUCAGGACUGCCGGUAACAAGCCACAUCCAUCAUCACCUUCCGGACUAUCGCGGCAAGAGUAGCACAUCAGAAUUUUUAGUGCGUUAUCUUCGUCUGCUGGAAAUGUCUUUGAUUGGACGGUGUCAGAAAGGAAAUUACCAUGACAAAGAAGCCAGUUCAGCUGCCGGUGGCAGUGUGGGUUGUUCUGGGAAAUCACUACUGCUUUGUAGAUUUAACCCGAACCUCCGGCGUUCCCUGUUCACCUAAACCAUGCUUUCAUUGUCCACACUUUACCUCAUUUGAAUCUGUAUUACAACUUAAUCUUAUCUGAUAAUCUGAUCAUCUUUCAUAUCAUUAUAUAAGACUUUGUCAUGCACGUUGUUUAUUUGAUUAUAACACUGUUGGAGAGGACCUUAAAGAAGACUCUAUGAUACCGAUUAAUAUAGCUGAAUUUUUGUUUACAUUUCAGAAACAAGCAUAUGAGACUUUUCCUGUAUAUGUACAGUUGCAGCUCUUAUUUAUGUUUAUUUAUUAUUUGUUGGCUUGAAGGGCAUCCCGUCGUUAAUUAAUGACCCAGCAUUCCCGGCUGUUACCAGCAGUAAAUUCAUUCCUCUGGCUGUAGCAAAACAGUAUUGCGACAAAACCAUAAAAUCUUUUGACACCACUCCCCAGCUCGGUGAUGUACAGACUUUGUUUUAACUUCUUGAUGUUUUCUGCCCAUUUUUUAUGUAUGGAUUUAUUUAUUUUCCACUUUUUAAAAAUGCAAUCUGGAUGUGUUUGUAGAGUCCCUGGACCUCAGUCACACAGGCUUACUCUCUGUUCUCCGACGCUAGGCAGAAAACACUACUGCUGCUGCAUCAAAUACCAAACACCAUCUUCUACAUUGAGAUACUGUUGUUGUUGUUUUUUAAGCAUUUCCUUCACUGGGAUGACUCGAGUCAGGCUGUGUGAAUGUGGUCCAUAUGUGUUAUUCGAUAUUUAUUGAUGUUCUUAUGAAUUCUAGUUCUGUCAUUGUAUUAUAUUCUUUACCGAAUUAAAAACAUUGAAUGGGAUCGGUAA